AUGGGUACAACGGCAACAACAAUAGAGGAAUCCUCCAACAUGGGGGAUACUGAAGAAACUGUGGCAAAUCAAGUGAAAGAAGUGAUAGAGGUAGACAAGGAGGAGGAGGAGCAACCAGGGGAUAAGAAAGGACACCCCUUCGGCGACCAAGGCGGCAGCCUCACGCGCAUCCACCUCUACGUCCACGAGACGUUCAAGGGCGCCAACUCCACCGCGAUCAGGCCGGUCGCGUCGCCGCUCGGCGCCAACUCAUCGUUCGGGUCCGUGGGCGUGCUCGACGACGAGCUGCGCGUCGGCCGGGACCGGGCGUCCGAGCUCCUCGGGCGGUUCCAGGGUCUCGUCCUCGGCACCGGCCUCGAGGGUGGCGCGAACUACCUGACGUCCGUCACCUUCGUGUUCACCGCCGGCGAUUACCAGGGGAGCACGCUGUCGGUGGUGGGCCCUGUGCUCGGGUUCAAGGGCGCCAUCGAACGCCCCGUGGUGGGCGGCACCGGGCAAGUUCAGGAUGGCCAGCGCGGCUACUCCAUGCUGAAGCUCUUGGGCAACCCGACGCCGGAAACUGUCCUCUUCGAGGUCGACCUGUUCGUGCUCGUGCAUCGUGGCAAGUAUUAG